CCACUCGACGCGCUGUUUUGUUUCACACACAUCCCAUAUCAUAGAGGCAGAUACAUCUUAACCCCUCGAGAUUAGGAGCGGAGGACUUCCAACCCUCAGCUUCGUCCUCUCGAGUAUUCUUCCUCGAAAACGUCGCGUCAGCCAUGUCGCGCGAUAACACGGCGAACAGCUUCGCGUCUUUCGGGUCCGACUUUGAUCCAGAACAUGAAGCCAUUGCAUCAACCAGAGAGAUUGAUGAGAGCCCACGACUUCCAAAGAUGAAAGGCGCGUUUAGCAAGCUGUCACAGGUUGACGAAGAAGAAGAGCCAGAUUACGUUUUCAACACUUCCACAUUUGAACAAUACCUCCCCAACAUCUCGCCGAUAGGGACAUCCGAAGAAGAAGAAGACCACGAGAUUGACGAUGAUAUCUCCCUUGAGGUAGGGCGAGCUCCGACUAACCCUCCGCGACGACUCGACGACUCGCGAAAUUCGUACUUGAGCAUGGAAAAUAGCGUCCGUUCGUCCUCUCCCGCGGUCCGCCUUGACGUGCCUACCCCUCAGAAAUCGGCGAUGCGCAGUUCAAACAGGCGAGCAGUUAGCGAAAGUCUCCGGAAAGACGCCCAGCUGAGGCAGGCCACGCUCGCUCACAAGGAAAACAUCGACCCUAAUCCGCCCUCAAAGUCUCGAAAGGAAAGACGUACACUGUCUGAAAUCCACGCCAAGGUCCGCGAUUCUUACGAUGGUUCUUUCCUGGAAGACGAACGUCCGCCCGCUGCUACGACGACCACGACGCGUCCGACACGGUUCGGAAACUCAAAUAUCUCCCACCAGAUUGCCGAUGCUGUUGAACGCGCGUCGCAAGAAGCAUAUGCGAAGGAAGCCCGUCGCGCGAAGGCGCGUGCAUCUGCUAAUGCUGGAGGCGAUACUGGUACCCAACAAUCAUUUCUUCUUCCUGAUUUACCGAACCUUUCGGAUCUUGUUUCUGGUGUUUACGAAGACGGAAUGCCGGUAUACACAAGACAACCAAGGACCAGGACCACACGGUUUGUCUCACCUCCUGCCGAUGUUACAGAUGCUUCUUUCAGUCGCGAACAUAUGCCACUUGACACUAUACCAAUUCCUGAGGACGAGAAGGCGCUUUUUGUGUCAUUGAGACUCCUACAAGAUAAAGUUUCAGAACUCGAAAGGGCCAAGGCCGAUGCUGAGAAGAAGCUGGAAGAUAUCCGGCAGGAAAACAACUUUUUGAAGGGAGGAAAGGCCCGCCAAAGGGAACGAGAGAGCCAUGGUAAACGCUACGAGGUUGAACAGAACGACUAUAAGAAGGACCGUUUGAUCAACGAGAACCAAAAGUUGGAAUCAACAAACCUAGCACUUCAAAAUAAAGUGGAUCUUCUUGAGCGCAAGAGCGAUAUUCAAGAAGCAGCUUUGAAAAAGCUUAGUAAGGAGCGUGAUAUGGCCGUCUCUCAGCUGGGUGUGGCAUACCUCGAGUCUCAGGACCUCAAGAGUGAAAAUGAAGUCCUACGGGAGGAGAUCGCUGAGCUUAAAGCUCGGUUUGCGCAGCUCUUGCCCGGCUCGAAGACAAGGGACAACACUGCACAAUCUGAACAAAACACUGCCAGCGAUGCCAGCGCAGAAGCAGAUGAUAGCCAAGUGGAUACCCGACGAAGCACCAAAGACGCCACCGCUAAAAGCACGCGGUCGAGAUCAAAGAGUCGCAAAGAAGAUACCAGGACUAGAGUGUCAAGCCAGGUUGACAGAGAGAUCUCUCGUCUUGAGAGGGAACGUGCCGACGAAGAACUCUUCUCGAUCGAACUGCCACGAGUGAGGGAAUCCUCCAUGUCCAAGAAGCAGAAAGUAAAUCGACCUCGGUCAACCAGCGCACAAACCAAAAAGCAGCCAAAUACGGGAAGACGUGUUAAGAGAGUUGUGGUCGAAGAAGUCGAGCUUACAGGACCGGUUGAAUUUACCACAGAGUUAACCGGGCACACCAAAGAGACAACCGGACGCACCAAAGAGACAACUGGAUACACCAAAGAUUCAACCGGACAAACCCGCAAAUCGUCCGCCGCAGAGCAAGAUCUGACUUUGUUAAGUUUCAUUGACGAACGUGAGAUUGCUCAGCUGAGAAAGACGUUAGAAGAAGAGCGACUGGCCCGCAAGCGGCGCCAAUCCAACCCAGUUUUAGAGCACGGUGCCGGCGAGACCGACAACCUCACUCGUCAGAGUGCGCUGAAGCCUGCUCCACGAAAGUCGUCUCUCAAAGAGACCAAGGUCCCUGUACCUCGACCUGCUUCUGCGCUCGGAGACCUGACUUCUCAUUCGAAACCAGAAGCCACGGAAGGGGAGAGUCAACUCACUGUUCCUGCUGAGCGCCAAAGGAGACAUUCGGAUCAUUCUGUGACACCACUAGCUCAGCGAAGGCGCCCUCGGAUCGCGGAGGAAAUGACCUCUGCCUUCAUCCUCCCGGAUAUUACGCUGCGACACGCCGAUUUGGCCGAAAAUCUCACUAAACUUCCUGAGGCCACCCAGCAAGCGCUUAAUCGGGCCACCCAGCACAACGGAGGGAACUGCACCGUAUGCAAACAGUCCAUACCUGGCGAAGGUUGUGAACACACCAGCGAUGCUGUUAAGAUUCCCAAGCCCGUCCCUGUCUCGGAGCGCAUGCCAGAGCCGGUUAGCUAUAAUGAGGAGCCUACCUUACGGCCUGCACAGACGCCUGCUGUUGCGCUCGCUACCGUUCUGAAGGCGUUGGAAGACGAGCUCUCGCAUCUAAGAAUCCAACUUGUCUCUUGCCAAGGAGCAUAUAAUAAACUUGAUGCAUCUAUCAGCAAACGUCAGAGAAAAGCGCUUGGUGAGAAGAUUGGUAAGUUGCUGAAGGACAUGGACAUGAAAGCGGACCAAAUAUACGCUCUCUACGACGUACUCGAAGGCCAGAAACAGCGCGGACAAGAGAUGACUGAGCAGGAGAUGGAGGUGACACUCCAAUCGAUUGGCAUUGAGGCCAACCCUAAGCAAGGCGAAGUGACGGGCACCACUGAGAGGUCUUCUCGCAAGGGUGGUACAGACUAUGAUGUGGAUGACGAUGAUUCUGAGCUUCCGUGGGAAGGAAUUGAGAGCACUGUUGAGAUGACUGGAGGAAGUCGGCAUAAUUAAACAGAUAUUGUUUUGGUUUCCCCGGCUGUUGCUGUUAGCUUAACGAGAAAGCAGUUGCUGUUUGUCUAUUGCUUGGAUUAUCUGUUUCAUUGGGGUGUUCAGGUCGCACUUCUGCAUUCGGUUUGGUAUUUUUCGCAUUUUGGGGGAAGCGUGCGAUGGCGUCAGUCUGUCCCAAAGUAGCACCAUUGGGCAUCAUGUUUAUCCAAUUGGUAUGUUCCUUUCUCUGCGAUUCCGGAGUAUCUCCACAGUCUUGGGGGUGUAGUUCAUAUUCCAGUCCCAUCUUUGAGGCCCACUGUGAGGCAGUGGCAGCGCUCGCCAGCCUACUGCAGAUCCCAACCCGGCUUAGCGCAGAGACCGAGCCGAUAUCCGGCCUCGCUCCUUCAAGUCUUUAUUUCUC